AUGAACUCGCCGCCAAACUCAUUCUCUCGUCAAUCCGACGAUUCUCCAUCCUCCAACCCCGGAAACAGCGCCGGAAAAGAUCAACAUCUUGGGUCUCGCCAUAUGGUGCCCCCAUCUCCGGCGUCUUCGACGACAUCUCCAUUGGCUGUAGGCUCGGCUCACGAAGCGGCUCUUAUACAAAGCAUUGAGCGAGGCGAUUACGCGACCGACGACGACGAAACACGGAGCCUGACCGACAGUAUACGACAACACAUUGUAGAGGGUGGUUUGCGUUAUCAUAGCUAUCAUGCAGGAAAAUACCUUUUCCCAAACGACGAAGCAGAGCAAGAUCGAGAGGAGCUCAAGCAUAAUUUGACUGUGUACCUGUGUGAUGACAGACUCUUCUUUGCGCCAAUUGAGCAAUUAUUGGAAAAGGGUCCCGCUGAAGUGCUCGACUUGGGCACAGGAAUUGGGAAAUGGUGUAUUGACCUUGCCGAUAUGUACCCCAACUCACAAUUCCACGGCAUGGACCUUUCUCCUAUACAGCCGGACUGGGUCCCAGAGAAUGCCAUCUUUGUUGUCGACGACAUAGAGCACGAAGCUGGCUGGACCUAUGGAGACGAGUCGUUUGACUACAUACACAUACGCCACACAGUUCAUUCCAUCAAAGAUCGAGAAUUGCUCUGGGAAAGAAUCUGGAAACACCUAAAGCCAGGGGGUUACGUAGAGGUUCAAGAGUUUAACUAUAUCGCAGCCUGCGACGACGACUCAUGUGACGGCCCCUACGCUUGGAGGGACUAUUGCAAAUAUCUCCACGAUGGCAUGCUGGCGCUCGGGACAGAUUUACAUGGCAUCACUCACGUGGGACAUGAACUACACCAAACUGGCUUCGAAAGCAUCACAACCAAAGCCUACAAGUGCCCACUUGGUCCAUGGGCAAAGAAGAAACGUCUUCAAGAGUGUGGCCAUGUUUUGAGAGACGUCGUUAUGCUAUCUCUCCAUGGCCUGUCUCGAAAACCGCUUCGUGAUGGUCUCGGGUGGACAUUGCUCCAGAUCGAGAUGUUCCUCAUCGAAGUUCGAAAGUCAUUGACUCAGGAAGUUAAUGGCUUACCCAAGUUCCAUACUUAUUUCCCUUACUACAACAUUCACGCCCGGAAGCCCCUGAAUUCGCAAAGGCCGAUCAGGGAAGACGCGUGA